AUGGAAGCCAAUCAUCUUGCUUCAAACUAUAAAAAGGGUGUCAUCGAAAUCUCUGCCAGAAGUUCAACCAGGGUCCGAAAACCGACAAAAUUUUUUACUAUGGACCCCUCACAAGAAUUAGACCCGUCCGCCAAUACAAAAGUGAUUUGCAGUUGUGAAAAACCAUCCAAGCAUGAUCCUACGUCAUUUGCUGUUCAAGACAACGCAAAAUUGGGGAAAGUGCUGGAAAGGUCACUCAGGGAGCUCAAAAUUAACACUAAAGAGAAAUACAUUAUUGUUUAUCACUGUAAAGAAACUAAUAGUAAGGCUUAAUUCAGGUUGAAAAAAAGCGAACUUGAACGAGAAAAUUGAAGUCGGAAAAUCUUAUAAGUUAAGGAUAUAUCAAGCGCCAGUUAUUAAGAAACCAAAAAUUCAAAAACCAGAACCAAAGGUAGAGGCUCAAAAUGAGCAAAAGACCCAGCCUCAAGCAAAACCUGCAGCGCAAUUCAAUCAAUUAGCGCAACAGUAUGGCUUUUAUUAUUAUUGGAUGUUCAUGAUGCAGAUGCUUGGGAUGCAAAUGAACUAUAGCAUGAACCAAGCUUAG